GAGCUCUAGAUAGGCUGCGAGUCUCUCUCUGCAGCGAUACCCCUCUCCAAAAGGACUUACACAGGAAGAGGUUGGGUGUGUGCGCAAGGGAAAACGUCAUUUAUAAAUGGGGGAGGGAUCCGACGUUUCAGGAAAUAGAAAGAAGAAUUUAUUAAAGGACCGGUAGCACAAAUCGAAUGAUCAUGGCGCUGGGAUCGGCUUGGAAACACAUGUCGUGGCUGUACUACCAGUAUCUUCUAAUCACAGCUCUGUACAUGUUGGAACCCUGGGAGAGGACAGUCUUCAAUUCCCUUCUUGUUUCGGUUGCUGGAAUGGCUGUGUAUACAGGGUAUGUGUUCAUGCCUCAACACAUCAUGGCAAUACUACACUACUUUGAAGUUGUGCAGUGAUAAAGAUGACUUCAGCGGGGAACAUGAAGAAGAGAUGGAUGGAUGUCCUGUGGAGAGAGCUCUUUUUGUUUCGGACUUUCAUUCUGUGACAUUCCACUCUGUGCUGACAACUGUUGACCAAUAAGAAAGAAGAACAUGUAUUUAUUGAAAACAUGUCCCAUUUAAUUCAUACAAGUUGUAAUUGUAUAGUAAAUGUAUAUGGAGUCUAAUCCUUUUCACUUGUACUUGCUGAAUACCAGUAUUUAUUUUUUAAAACUCUGAUGUCAGUGCACUUUAGUGGCUGUGACAGCAUUGCGACUAUGAAACGUCAGUGACAUUAGUAGCAAUUGAACCUGCCUUUUAAAACAAACUUCUGUUUUAAUUGCUUUAAGAAAGUGCUUUUUUAACAGUUGGUGAUCGGUUUAGCGGAUCUACUUUUAUUUAAAAACAAAAACAACAACAUUGAUACCAUAAAAGAACUGCUGAUGACUACUUGUAAAUGUACAAAAACUUUGUAUCAAGUGUUAUAUUUGAUGUGCAUCACUAAAAAUAUAAUACUUUAAAAACAAACAAACAUACAAACAAAAUUGUUGUGCAUUUUACAUUUCAUAGAAGAUUCCUGUAUUCACCUAGUCUAUACUAUUGAGCAGGAGAAACUAACAGACUGAAGUUUUGGUCUUUAUUUUUUUUUCUCUUCUUUCUCUCUGGUCCUUUGAUCAGAACUGAAGCAAAGUUUCAUGUUGACACUUGGUCAGUGUGCUUAGUAAACUGUUUUCUUUUUUAGUAUACACGGUGUGGUAAAUCUGGGACGGUAGUUAACUUGUUUGCUUAGUACACCAAUGAAAAAUAAAUCCUGCAAAGGUUUUUAUAAAAAUUGUCUGGCUUUUAUUUCAGAUUUGCCAAUGUUGAAAAAUAAGGAUCUUUUAUUCAGGUGUACAAUAAUAUAAUGCCAAAGAGACUGGCAUCUAUUACCCUAGACAGAGCUUUACCU